UUGGAGUUUAGUGGAUGUACGUGACUGUGACUGGCGACUAAACUCCAGCUUCCAUUUGGAUUUCAUACUCUGCUUUUGCUGAAUUCAACUCCCUCUCCCCUUUCCUUGGCUUUUCCCCAACUUUUCCCUCCAAUCUUCCUUUCCUUCGCUCCAUCGCUGACUUCCGCUGCGAGUUUUAUAUUGUAAAUCGCCGGAAGAGGGUUUCAGAAGCGUGUCUCUGAUCGGUCCUCGCAUGGGUAACUGCUUAGAUUCUUCAGCUAAGGUAGAAAAUGCUCACACCUCCCAAGCGACUUCCGAAAUCUCCCGAAGUUCAAGCAAGAAAUGUCAGACGUUAGUUGCUUCCAAUAUUCCUAACUCAUUGGAGGACAGGAGUAGAAACUUGUUGAGUCUUCCCACAAGUAUAGAAGGUGAAAUAUUGUCAGCGUCGAGUUUGAAGCCUUUUUCAUUCAAUGAGCUGAAGAGCGCGACUAGAAAUUUUCGACCGGACAGUCUGCUAGGUGAAGGAGGAUUUGGUUAUGUUUUUAAAGGAUGGAUUGAUGAAAACACAUAUGCUGCUACAAGGCCGGGAUCGGGAAUGGUUGUUGCUGUCAAGAAGCUUAAGCGUGAAGCUUCUCAAGGCCACAAGGAGUGGUUGACAGAAGUUAAUUAUUUGGGCAAAUUUCAUCAUCCAAAUCUAGUUAAGCUGAUUGGGUAUUGCUUGGAAGGUGAGAAUCGGUUAUUAGUAUACGAGUUUAUGCCAAGAGGGAGCUUAGAGAAUCAUCUCUUCAGAAGGGGUUGUCAACCUCUUUCUUGGGCAGUAAGGAUCAAAGUGGCCAUAGCUGCUGCCAGAGGGCUUUCCUUUCUUCAUGAAGCCGAAGCGCCUGUCAUAUAUCGUGAUUUCAAGGCAUCUAACAUACUACUCGAUGCAGAAUUUAAUGCUAAGCUUUCUGAUUUUGGUUUGGCUAAGGCUGGUCCCACUGGAGAUAAAACUCAUGUAACUACUCAGGUUAUGGGAACCCGUGGCUAUGCUGCACCUGAAUAUGUUGCUACAGGUCGGUUGACAUCAAAAAGCGACGUUUAUAGUUUUGGAGUUGUGUUGCUUGAGCUGUUGUCGGGUCGACGUGCCGAGGAGGAUCUUGUAGAGUGGGCAAGACCAUAUUUGGGUGACAAAAGAAGGUUAUUCCGAAUUAUGGACACCAAACUUGAGGGACAGUAUUCUCGAAAGGGAGCUUAUACAGCCGCCAUUUUAGCUUCUCGGUGCCUUAGGAGUGAACCGAGGGUUCGACCUCGGAUGGUAGAAAUUCUGAGUGCACUGAAGGAUCUUGGAUCUCCCAAAACUGCAGCUAGAAACUCGCAGCCAAAGCAACGUGCAAUUCCCACUCCCUCAAACUUAAAGGUUGAUGCAUCUCCUUUGACAUCCCAUCAGCAGUCCACUUCUAUAGGUUAAAUUAUUCUUUGGAGUCUUUUGUUUUGAUUUAUAGUUCUUAUGAUUUUAAAAGUAGUUUUAUCGUACAGUCGUUAUGAUUGGUUAAAUCAAAGUCCCUGGUAUUACCAAAUAUUGAUACAUAGGAGGUUUUUUCUUUGAUGUUGUACAUGUGAAGGUGAAUUGACUUAUUAUAUUAGAGUUUGAGUUGAGUAAAAAAUAGAACAAAUCGAGUAGAUUCUCAAGUA